CUGAGCCAUCAAUUUACAGAAAGUCUAUAAGAGCAAAUCAGGAACAGUACUUAUGUUUCAUCUUCUGAAAUCUAAUAGAUCUGGGCAAGAUGAGGCCACCUUUAAGACCAAAGCGGUUAAAGGCAAACAAGCUUGGGGACUUAGAACAACAUCAGUGAGUAGCCUUGGACUGUACGAGCCAUAAAGAUUUGAUAUUGAAACCAUGGGAUGUGGGACAUCGGUCAAGACUGAAUAUCAAGGCAAAAAAUCUGAAAAAGCAAUUAAAGCAGCAGUUCUGAUACAGAGAUGGUAUCGUUUCUAUAUGGCGAGAUUAGAGAUGAGACGGCGUUACACACUUAAUAUUUUUCAGUCUAUCGAAUAUGCAGAAGAACAGGCCCAGCUUCAGCUCUCCAACUUUUUUACAUUCAUGAUUGAUCACUAUGCGCAGCUGAAUGAGCAACACCCAGGCCCAGACUUGAUUUCUGAUAUAACUUUCAACUCUUCAAACAAAGGGCAAAAAAACCUUCUGCUCUAUGAAACAAUUGAAGUUACGGAGUCUUAUGACGGCCCACGUCUUUCAUUCCCUUUAUCUGUGUCUGACACAAAUACACUCCUCCGUGAUUUCAAGCAAGAAAAGCAACUUCAUGCCCGGUAUGUCCUUCAGCUCUUCCAUGAAGUCAAAAAGUUCCUAAAGCAAAUGCCAAACAUUGUUCAUUUAACCACAUCAUACUCUAAACAGAUCACCGUAUGUGGUGACCUUCAUGGAAAAUUGGAUGAUUUGCUGCUAAUAUUCUACAAGAAUGGUCUCCCUUCACCAGAAAAUUCGUAUCUGUUUAACGGAGAUUUUGUAGACAGAGGGAAGAAUUCUAUAGAAAUACUAAUAAUCCUCUUUGCAUUCCUCCUGGUCUACCCAAAUAAUUUACAUUUGAAUAGAGGCAACCACGAGGACCCCAUCAUGAAUCUGAGGUAUGGGUUCACAAAAGAAGUAAUGCAAAAGUACAAGAUCCAUGCUAAGAACAUACUGCAUCUACUCGAAGACAUAUACAGUCUGCUGCCCCUUGGUACCAUUAUUGACAGCAAGGUUCUUAUUUUACAUGGAGGGAUAGCAGACACGACAGAUCUGGAUUUCCUCACUUCUAUUGAAAGAAGCAAGUAUAAAUCAGCUUUGAGACCUCCAAGGCUAGAUCCAAAAAGAAACAAUCUUAUACAUAAUGGUAAUCGGUUGAAUAUAGAUGGCUGUAAAGCUUCUAAAAAUUCUGACGGACAUAUAGGAUCUUCAAGCCAUGGACACACUGGUGGAUUGCCGGAAAAAUUCAGAAAUGGUGCCAUCCUAGAAAUAAAUUACUUGGAUUCAAGUAUUCAGUUGCCUGAUACGACUCCAGAAUUAACAGCCACUGAACUAAAGGAAUGGAAACAGGUUGUGGACAUAUUGUGGAGUGAUCCCAGGAACCAAUAUGGCUGCUCACCAAACAGUUUUCGAGGUGGAGGUUGUUACUUUGGACCAGAUGUAACCCAAAAAUUACUUGACCAAUGUAAUUUAAAAAUGUUGAUCAGGUCACAUGAAUGCAAACAGGAAGGUUACGAGUUAAGCCACAAUGGAAGGGUUAUAACCAUAUUUUCUGCAUCUAACUACUAUGAUGAAGGAAGUAACAGAGGGGCAUAUCUCAAGCUGGGUCCAGAUCUAAUUCCACGCUUUGUGCAAUAUCAAGUCAGUAAGUGCACACGUAAACUCACACUUCAUCAACGAAUAAAUGCUGCUGAAGAUUCUGCUCUUAGAGCUCUACAAGAGCAAUUUUUUGCCCAUCGUUCUGACCUUAUGAAAGCUUUUAAAGAGUGUGACCCAGAUGGUACAGGAAAAAUCUCCAUCAAUGACUGGGCGAAAGCAGUGGAGGCAGUACUCCAUCUGGGUCUACCUUGGAGGACAUUGCGCUCGAGACUUGCACGACUGGCUUCUGAUGGAAAUGUAGAAUAUCUGUCGUGUUUUGAGGAUCUUCAAAUUCAAAAAUCCAUUAAAGAAGUUCAGCCAAGUUUGGUUGAGACAUUAUACAGAUACAAAACAGAUCUUGAGAUCAUCUUCAACAUAAUUGACAAGGAUCACUCAGGUUUGCUAUCUAUUGAGGAAUUCCGUCAGACAUGGAAGCUUUUCACCUCCCACCUUCAAAUCAAUAUAGAUGAGUCAACUAUAGAUGACUUGGCCCACAGCAUAGAUUCCAACAAGGAUGGUAGCAUUGAUUUUAAUGAGUUUUUGGAAGCUUUUCGAGUGGUUCACAAAUUUGAAAGAAAGGAUAGUAACAGAAGAUGAAAACCGUUACUCAUGAAGGAGAAUUUCACAGUCAUCACCACUUCAAGACAGUCGAUUGUUUCCAAACCUUGAAGUCGAUGGGCUCUCUCUGAAUGAUGCA